AUGGAGGGAGAUGAGAGUAAGGUGGACGCUGCUGAGGAGGAGGUUGCAGAAACUGUGGACGUGGAAAUGAGUGCCGUUGUGAGCGGCACGGAGGCAGGAGCAGAACCAGUGGCAGAAGAUUCCAGCUCCACAGGUAGCGGAGAGGACGAGCCUGUGUCAGCCAACCCUGAUGGUGUGGAUGCCAAGGAGGUUGUCAAGGAGGAUGUCAAGGAGGUUGUCAAGGAGGAUGUCAAGGAGGAUGUCAAGGAGGUUGUCAAGGAGGAUGUCAAGGAGGUUGCCAAGGAGGUUGCCAAGGAGGUUGCCGAGGAGGUUGCCAAGGAGAUUGCCAGGGAGAAUAUCAAGGAGGAUGUCAAGGAGGAUGCAAAAGAAGAUGCAAAGGAAGAGGCCAAGGAUGAUUCCAAGAAGGAUGCCCUGAGCACAGCCGACACCAGCGAGGGUCCAGGAGAGACGCAGACAGCUCAGCACCACGCGGAAACGACCAGAACCCAAGCCGGGUUCCCCUUCCCCCGUGGAACCAGACACCCAACCGCAGCCACCACAAGAGGCAUUAGCUGGAUGUAUGUUGAACUCUUACGUACUGUGCGAAAUAAGUUCAACGUACACACGACCCACAGAAUGAAUGAAUUUGCUGGUGGCUGUGAUUUGUUGGUUAGGCUUCUCAAGGAGGGGCUGGGGGUCGUGGGCAGCUGGGGAAAAUCCCUUCUUACCUCCGCAACUGCAACAGUCUCCUCCGUUGGCCAUGGAAUAACACACGUCAUGGAAAAAGCCGAAGCUUCUCUGGGCAUCCCAACACCGGCUGAUCUUUCGGCAGAUCAGAAGCAGGCCGAGGAUGCUGCAGUGGAGACCACCACCCCACCAAAUGAGUCAGCGACGGAGGCAAGCGGCAGCCCUGUGGUGGAAGGGCAAGGGAAACCAGUUUCACCGACGGGUGGGGCGUUCGGCAUGCUGUCUAAAUACGGUGGCAUGACUGCAUCCGCGAUUACAAAUGCUGUGCAGAAUACGAGCAAGACCGUCAUCACUGGUGGCCUCGAUGCACUUGAGUUGAUUGGCAAGAAGACGAUGGACAUCUUGGCGGAGGGGGAUCCUGGUUUUCGGCGUACAAAGGGUCUUCUGCACAAGACGACCACCCUCUCUCAGGUCCUGCGGGAGGCCAAGGAAAAGGAGGAGCAACGUCUGUCUCAGGAAGGUGCGGCCGGGGUGAUUGGUGAUGGGAAGAAGGCCCACUAUGGCCUCCUCUUCGAUGAGUUCCAGGGCUUGUCUCAUCUGGAGGCCCUGGAAAUACUGUCCAAUGAGAGUGAGAACAAGGUGCAGGCCGUGAUAGCGGCAUUGUCGGGAGAAGACCUGGAUCGCACUCGGCAUGAGUUGGAGCAGAUUAAAUCUGCGCUCGCCCUGGAGGAGUUGGACGAAGAGGUGGAGGCCACCGACGAAAAAGGUGCUGUGGUUAAGGGCCAUGAUUUUGUGAACGUCAUAACUGAGCUCCUCUUCAGCCUUCACGUUGGGGUCACACCGGACAAACUCAACAAGGCGAGAGAAAAAGCGGACACCUGGCUGAGGGAAGUGGGCGAGGAGACUCUGAAGGAGGAGGAGGAGGAGAAGAAUGCGGAGGAGAGCCCGAAACAGAAGAAAACCGUGCAGGACAUCCAUGGCUUGUGCAUCGAGAGCCUGGCGGAGGUGACCGCUCGCUCCAUAGAGCAGUUCCACAAGGCCGGGGAGCUCAUCCUGCACGGCACGGAGCAGGAGCACACAGCCCUGCAGAGGGCGCACAGCCUCACCAGGUUAACAGUGGUCUUGUGCAAGGAGUUGUCGACGCUUUCAACAAAGUUUACAAACUGCUUGAGCACCGUUGGGGCUCACGAGAAGUCAGAGGUGCUGAAUCCACUCAUCACCAGCAUUUUCUUGGAGGCCUCAAACAGCACGACGUACAUCCAGGAUGCCUUCGCACUGUUGCUGCCCAUACUACAGGUUUCUCACAUUCGGCAAGAUGUGGACAGUGCCUCCUCCUCCUCCUUCGCCUAA